AUGAACCCGCCAACACUCUUCCGCCAAUCCACACGGCAGCUCCUCCCCGCCCUCACCGUACGCAGCUUCACCGCGCUCACCCGCCCCCCGCCAAACUACCCGGGCCAUGUCCCCCUCACCACACCGGAGCGGCUCCUCCUCGGCGCCGGAUCGGCGGUGAUCUGCUUCUUCAACCCACGGCGCGCCGACCUCAUCGCCGCCUGCGGCGAAGCCACCGCGGUCCCCUACUUCAUCUACCGGCUGCGGGACGCGAUGCUGCGGGACUCUACGGGCCGGCGGAUCCUGCGGGACCGACCACGGAUCACCUCUACAAGCCUUGACCUUCCGCGGCUGCGGGCGCUGCCGCCAGGCACCGUAGGGCGCGAGUAUAUCACGUGGCUGGACCGGGAGGGGGUGUCGCCCGACACGCGCAGUGCCGUGCGGUACAUCGAUGAUCCCGAGUGCGCAUAUGUCAUGCAGCGGUAUAGGGAGUGUCAUGAUUUUUAUCACGCACUGACCGGGCUCCCUGUGGUCAGGGAGGGCGAGGUCGCGUUGAAGGCGUUUGAGUUUGCGAAUACGUUGAUUCCGAUGACGGGACUGAGCAUGGCCGCGGCGCUGACGCUGAAGGGAGAUGAGAGGAGCAGGAUCUGGGGGACGUAUUUUCCGUGGGCGAUCAGGAAUGGGGUCAACGCGAAGGAGGUGAUUAAUAUCUAUUGGGAGGAGGAGUUGGAGACUAGUGUUGAGGCGCUGAGGAAAAGGAUUGGGAUUGAGAUGCCGCCUGAUAUGCGGCGGACUAGAGCAGAGAUCCGAGCGGCGAAGAAGAAGGAGAAGGCGGAGCGCGAGGCAUUGGGGAAGGUUUGA